AGAAGCAGGACAUUUUCAUUUGUCUUUACGCAGUUAAGCAGUGUCCUGCUGCCCAGUGCCCGUCAGAGCUCUUUCUCAUGCCCGCUCCCAGAGCAGGGCGGGGUGACACCAGACUUUCGAGCGGAGUUCACCGGGAUGGUCCCUGCUCAGCAGGCAGCUCCUGCAUCGCAUCUCACGCUGCUCUGCCCUCCCCCUGCACCGUCCAGCUCGGCAGUCUGGGCAGCCAGCUGCGGCGAGGGCGGUGCAGCCCGUGCCUCUGUUUAUCCCGGGAGCGAUGGGAUCGCCGGGUGAGCAGGGCCGGGCACAGGGGCCGAUCGACCCGCGGAGCCCCCGGCGGUGCCUCCUCGGCUUCCCCGGGAUUUGGGGCAGGAGCGGAGGCGCGGCGCGGAGCGGUGGGAGGCAGGCGGGGGCCGGGCAGGGCUGCGGGAAUGUGCGGGAGCGAGGCCGCCCCGGCGCCGUCGCCAUCCCCCUCGGCUCUUGCCCCACGAGAGGGCUCGGUGACGGGCAGCCCCCCGCCCGCCGGCCCCUUCUCCUCUCCUCUCUUGUCCUUUCCUCUCCUUUCCCCCGCCCGCCGCUCCCCGUGCGCUUGGCAGCCCCGACGCCCUCCGCAGCCAGUUUUCCAGCCCUGCGCUUCUUCUGCGGUGACAGCCAGUGGCUGCGGGGCCCUGUUUGCUGUCCAGUUAAUAAGUGAGCUGGAGCGGGGGGAAACUCGGCCGGGGCAGAGCGGGCUCGCCGCGGGCCGGGCGGGGGGAGCAUUCCUGCGCCGCGGGGCCCCGGCGCGCCCCGCUCCCGCCGCCCCCCGCCCGCAGGUGCAGGGGGCUGGCACUCGGCAGCUGGAAAGAGCUGGUUGGAGUUUGCACUUUAGGCUCCCGGCGGGGAGGGAGCCGGGGCUGGGAGGAUGGCGCGGUGGCUGCGGCCCCUCGUGGGAGCCCUGCUGCUGCUCGAGGGGGCGGCCGCCCUCAGCUUCCUCCACCAUCGCUACGAGGAGCUGGUGCAGGCCCUGUUCCGCGUGCAGGGCCAGUGCCCCUACGUCACCCGCAUCUACAGCAUCGGCCGCAGCGUCGAGGGCCGGCACCUCUACGUGCUGGAGUUCAGCGACUACCCGGGCAUCCACGAGCCCCUGGAGCCAGAGUUCAAGUAUGUUGGGAACAUGCAUGGGAACGAGGUGCUGGGCCGUGAGCUGCUGCUGCAGCUCUCGGAGUUCCUGUGCGAGGAGUACCGCCGGGGCAACGAGCGGAUCACGCGCCUCAUCCACGACACGCGCAUCCACAUCAUGCCCUCCAUGAACCCCGACGGGUACGAAGUGGCUGCCAAGCAGGGCCCUGACAGCAACGGGUACUUGACAGGGAGGAACAAUGCCAAUGGAGUGGACUUGAACCGCAACUUCCCUGACCUCAACACACUCAUGUACUACAGCAGGGAAAUCAGCGGGCCAAAUCACCACAUCCCUCUGCCUGACAACUGGAAAAGCCAGGUGGAGCCAGAGACACUGGCUGUGAUCCAGUGGAUCAGCAGCUACAACUUUGUGCUCUCGGCCAACCUGCACGGUGGAGCAGUGGUGGCAAAUUACCCCUAUGACAAGUCGCAGGACCAGCGGUUCAGGAGCCACCGGCGCACGGUGAACACGCCUACCCCUGAUGAUAAGUUGUUUCAGAAGCUGGCCAAGACCUACUCAUACGCCCACAGCUGGAUGCACCGGGGCUGGAACUGUGGGGAUUACUUUGCUGAUGGCAUCACAAAUGGGGCAUCCUGGUACUCACUCAGCAAAGGCAUGCAGGACUUCAAUUACCUCUAUACCAACUGCUUUGAAAUCACCCUGGAGCUAAGCUGCAAUAAGUUUCCCCCCGAGGAGGACCUGGAGCGGCAGUGGAUGGCCAACAGGGAGGCCCUUGUUGCUUUCAUUGAAGAGGUUCACCAGGGUAUCAAAGGGAUGGUGUCAGAUGAGAACAACAACGGCAUUGCAGGAGCCGUGAUUUCUGUCCAGGGAAUCAGCCAUGACGUCACCUCUGGUGAUAUGGGGGAUUAUUUCCGGCUGCUGCUGCCUGGCACUUACACUGUCACAGCCUCUGCAGAAGGGUACCAGCCCCUGACAGUCACAACAACAGUGGGCCCAGCUGCACCUUCACUGGUGCAUUUCCAGCUCAAACAAGAAGUGGUGAGGAAGCCUGCGGAGCGUAAAGCCUCAGGCACACGUAUGAACAACAAAGCCCUUCAGAAGAAGGUAGUGCCAAGAGCCACCCGCCGGGGGACCCAAAGAUGAGCACAGCUCAUUUGGCUGAGAGCUGGGGAAGCUGUUUACAUGAGGCCUGGCUGAUGACUCCAGCCAGUGAACUUUCCAACAGUCCAGCAUGAAACUAGCCCAAAUUAUUAGGUUAUUAAACAAGGAAGUAUUUAGUCCCUGAGCAAAUUGUGAAGUCAUUCACAACAAAGUGUGCCUGGGCUACAGUUCCCCAGGCAGUGUGUCUGUGUGUGCUGAGUUCUCCUGCACUUGCUCCAUCUCAGAGAGCUCUGCUCCUUUAAUUCCUGGAUUGUUGCUACAGCCCAUAUGAAAUGCCACUAGUGUAUACCAGGGGUAAGAAUCCAAGACUUGGUGUAAGCUGCACUCACAAACUGGGUCCAUGAACAUUAGUCCUCUGGGUUCUAGUGCCAUACUUCUCCCUCAGGUAAGGACACUUGCUGCCUGCAGACCCCAGAGUCAGGGAAAGGCCAGUUUUAAAGCAGGCAGUGAUGUGAGCAGCUCUGGACACAGCUUGAACCACAUGCAGCCCAGCUAUUGCUGACUGGUAACUCUUGGAGUUGACCAGAUGGUUCAAGGUAAUUUCCUGAUCUUGAUGUGCAGAUGGGACUUUCUAGUAGCUGGUUUGGAUUUUUUGUAGUCAGAUAGACUGUAAUUAUGCAUGCUGGCAAAAGCUAAGUAUUAUCCUGUCUCCUUAAGUCUUCAGACCCAAACCAGGUGGAUUGCUCUAUCCAACCCAAACUAUUACUCUGACCACAGAAGCAACUAGGUGAGAACUGACAACUGGUGAUGAGUAGAAGUCCAAGCCAAGUUAUUUGGUUGUUUCUUUGAGACAAAUACCCUGAACCUUGGUUCAAUAUGCAACUGGGCAGUGUGGAUGCUUGAUGCCAGCAGUGUGCUGUGCAGGUACAGCAUAAGCUGUGUGAGUUGUAAUUGGGUUAGGAAAGAAAGGAUCCAUAGUUCACUGAGGCAGGGUACUACAGGCUGAGGCUUCAAAUGGCAGGUUUGGAGUGGAAGCAAGAGUAGAAAGAAAGCUGGUUAUUUCCAUGGUAAAAAUAUCUUAAGCAGGCAAAACCUUUCUAGUAUUCUUCAUUGAAAAUAAAUAACUCCAGAGGGGUAAACUGUACUGCC